AUGCAGUUCUCAAAGCUCGCCUACCUCCUCCCCCUCAUCGCCACCGUCCUGGCCGCCGCCGUCCCAGCAGACAACUCCGGCGUCAGCAUGGCCACCGACGAACUCGACCUCAGCAGCAACGUCUUCGACAAACGCAGCUGCAAGAGCAACGGCUGUAGCUGCGCAAAAGGCACCAGAGCAGGAAUUUACUGCGGACUAUGUGGUGUCGUUAAGACCUUCGGUCGUGGUGGCAAGAGCAAUGAUGCUUACCAGUGCAAUUCAAGCGGCGGCUGUUGUAAUUAUGGAUAUCGAGAAAGCUGCGCCGCUAAAUCUUUCUCUCCAUGUGGUUAA